AUGCAAGAACUCAAUCCCGAGAACUUUGCCGGUAACGCUAGUAGCAUUUGGAAGAUGCUUGAUGAACUGGCUGAGUCUGAUCCAAAGGGAUACGAAAAAUUUAUCAAAGAACAAAUGGAAGUUGGCAAAGGUCUGACAAGUCGUCCAAAGUGCCGAUGUGUCUACAAAUAUACUCUCAAGGUACACUUAUUUUAAGCUUAUUACUUUUAAAGGAUGGAGGAAACAUUUUCGUAAACAUGUGCGAAUGGGAAUAUAUGAACAUGCCGAAGUCAGAAACAGAUGCCAUUCCCAUGUUUUGCGGGGACACGUACCUCGUUGAAAACGGUGCGUACUUUAGCUCUGUCCUACAGGGGGUUAAGAUCCUUUGUUUUUUUCUUAUGAGGUGCGGUCUACAAUUCACGUUGUUGUUUCCCUUAUGAGAAUUGGCCAUAUUUUGUACUAUGGCCGCGUAGAGGUAAAAUUCUUUAUCUUUACGAGACCGCAGUCGGAAUUCCGGACGUUCGCACUAAUGCUUGAGCAAAAACUUACUAUUUCCAAAGUGCAUGCGGGGCCCUCUUUCAUUCCAUAGACGGACGAUGGUCGUUUGGAAUUUCAAAUGACGAGUAUCUCUAGCAUUCAUACCAUCUUGAGUAAAACUCGAGUCCUCCGCUAUCUAAGCACUAGCAGGUACCAUUUUUGCAGCAACUUUGUUUUCGCUAGCGUCCAACAUAUUUAUAUUUCAUAUCGGAUCGACAUAAAGUAACUUGUCUGUAAAGAGGUAAAUUCAAAUUAUGCGACUAUGUCGACCACCGAUUCGAUUGUCUCCUGCUCAUUUCGAUCCUAGAUAAGACAAGUUAUAGAGCAGAAAUGAAAUACCUGUACAAACUGUUCUCCCAAAAUGGGUACCCGCAUGACUUUAUACGUCAAUGCAUGAGGCACCAGCAACUCAAGGAAAAAGGUAUUUCCAAUGCUGCGGACGCUCAGGCGCCAAAACUAACCACAUGGCGAACUCUCCCAUACGUCAAGAAUGUAUCUGAAUUAGUCGAAAGACAAUUGAAAAAGUACCAGAUACACGUAGCACACCAGCCGACAACUACCUUACGCACACAGCUUGUACACCCUAAGGACAGGGUUGGCUAUCUGGAAAGAAAAGGUGUUGUCUAUAAAAUCCCAUGUUCUAGUUGUGAUGCCGUUUAUUGUGGCCAAACUGGGAAAUCUGUCUCAACCCGUCUACAUGAGCAUCAGUUAGCGGUGAAGAGACGCGACCAUCUAUCCCAGGUGGCCAUGCACACACUGGACACUGGGCAUAAAUUCGCAUGGGAAAACACUCGCAUUGUUGGCGCCUGCCAAACAAGGAAAGGCCGCGAAUUCCUGGAGGCAAUGCACUCAGAUGAGGCAUGCAUCAACCGGCAUAUUGACUUAGAUGCCACAUACAAAAUCGUUAAGGACAGAUUCAAACUGAGUCAACCAAUCCCGAGAUGACGACCUUAACCAAUCAUGGAAUCCUUUUGCCAGACUCAGUCUAGAAGUUAAUUGUUUCUGCACGCCCGUUGUCUGAAGACGAGCUGGGGAACCAGUCUCGAAAAUUCACAAUAAAAAAUUUUGCCGUUUCCCAAAGAACUUCACCUUUCUUAUAAGACAAUAUGUAUGACGUUCUAACAACGAUCUUAACAAACUUUUGAACUACUUGGAAAUGCCAGUGGACUGAUAUGUGUGAUUUCUUCAGUGCACAAUGAAUUAAGAAUCCAUACAAACCUCGACCACAUAUAGUCAAACAUGACGAUUAUCGGCUGAUUAUACCGCUGUCUAUAUUCCUCCCUAUCUCUGUGUGUUUCUUUAUCUCCUCUUUGUGUUUCAUGUCAUGUAGUUUUCGUAUCGCUCGGAAUUUAUAUGAUUUUAAGACGUCCUUUCGCGUUCUGUACCGCACUUACCCGUAAUAAUAUUGUAUUGGGUGGGCGGUAUUUCAACAGAUCUGUUCGAAUAUUACCAUCAUGUUUAUCGUCGAACGCACAGGCGACACUGCUUUGUUAGUCAAGUUCAGACUGAUAUGAUUUGAGUCUCAUUAUUAAAAAAAACGAUAUGAUGUCUUGUCAACCUUUGAAAACACUGUCCUGCGUUCUUCUCGGUGCUUGAUAUUCAUGGUUUUGUUUUUAUUUUCGAUAAUUUUAUCGAGUAGCACCGGAACCAAGCAAAUUGUAUGAUCAUGUGAUGAUAGGAGGGGCCAGUGAUCACUUAUGUAGGUAUUCCAUGGACCCUGUUGCGACGCAGUGUCUGCAUGACUCCAGUUAAGAAAAAAUAGGAUUUCAGCUUCUACACCUCCACAGAUCUCAUCUUGCUUGGUCUGUAGGUGAAACAUUACUCUUUUUAGCAUAACUGUGCUCCCUUACUUCGUCAGAGAAUAUCCCUUGUAAACGUAGUUUCAUGCAAUUGAUGUGUUUGGGCCACAUACGCUUUUGCUAUUUGUACUGAUAAGCAAUUCUGUGCUUACGAUACACUCCCUACAUCUUGCAUACACAAGGGGCUUUUUAUUUCAUGCUUGCAGUUCUGUGAGCUCAUUUUUGAGGUGAGUAAGUAUAGUUUGCAAGCGGAAUACAUUACGAUAAAUGGAAGCCAGAGCACUCUUAAGUGGCUCUAUCGUCUUCGAUUUUGUUUUGUAUCGCACCGCGACUUGCGUUCACAACGUCCAACAAUGCCUCAAAACACUUGAUAACUUCCAUACUUAUGCCUGAUUCUGGGGCCGAGCCCCGAAAGUGAUUUUCAAAACAUAGACUGUUUAUUGCAACUGAGGAAUAAGACCCACUCUUCGGCAGCUUUUUUUGCUGCAUGGAGUGCAGUGCCCGCAGCCGCGCAUCCGAGCGUUUACGACGCCGGUAAUUCUGUCUAUUUUGUGUCCACGUGGGCUCAUCCGCACUCCAGCUAGCAUUUCUUUGGCUUGUCAGCACACUGGUCCACGUAUUUGAGGAAACCGCUUGCAUGCAAAUAUUUAUCCUUUCCUGACUCAAUGUGAGUUCUUCUGGGCCAGCUAGUGGCCGUAACUUAUGGGGCAUACUUCAUGCACAAAAUAAACACGCCUUUCCCCCCACACCUUACCUCCAGGACUGGAAAAAGAAUUCCUAAGGCAUGGGGGGUGCUUAAUCGCGCGCAAGACCGUCGUGGUAUCUUACAACCCCAUUAAGAUUAACUUUUCGCGCCUAUUUUAGUGUCUACAGUGUGUGUGGCCCUUCACCCCGUUGUCUACCGACAGCACGGAUUUCCGCUUCAAGAUGAUUCUGCGAUUCCCUCCAAGCGAAUCGGCCCUAAAGCUGACGAGUUGAUGGCUCUCUGCCUGACCUUUCUUGAAAAAGAAAAAGCUAUCUGCACUAGGGAGUACGCGGACUUCGCCCGAACUGGCAACCUUCCCAAGUUGCGACCGGAGUGGUCCACGGAACCACAUGGUGGCGUGGAGAGCAUGUUCAAGUCGCUGCACUACAGGAACCUCAACUUUGCCGCACUGGCGCAGGAAGCCCUUUCGAGUUCCGGUCUGAUGGCUGGCAAAAAAGCGGCUGGCGAUAUGCAGCAGACAGCGUUUGAACCCAAGAUCUCCCUGACGGCUGACAAACCGAAAGAAACGCAGUCAAAGGGCAGACCUCUAAUAGAGGAAGUUGUCCACAAACCUCCACCGCCCUCCUGGAAGUUGGUAAAAAGUCCUGAGAACCCAACUCUCAAAUACUCAAUCAGUCUUCCUGCGAAUGUGACCCUCAAGGAUUGCGAAUUGGACAUAUCCUCGGUAAGGUCCCAUAUUUCACAGAAAUCGGCAGCUAAGGAACGAUUUAAGGGGUUCUGAUUCCAUAUUUCACUCAAAUUGACAUAAAAUAGAUACCAAGCACUCAGAUUGCGGUGACAAAAGUUUGUUUAGAGGUCGGUUCGUAUUGUAGUAGGUGCGGAGUUCUAGAUUAGUCGCACUUAAACGCAGUCGGUGUUGGGAGUCUAAACACACACCCGGAAUUAGGCAACCUGCGAAGUGAAUCUGCAGCAACUUUACAAAUAUGGGCAUUUAGGCAAGCGUUGAAAAAAAAAUAGAUGAUUUCGGACAAGUUUUGUUUUUGAGCAACUGAGGGAAGUGGUAGCAUAUUUUUUUCCAAAUUUUUCUUCAGACCAACCAACAAAGUUGUGUGUAGCUUCGUUAUAUGUGCCCUCUAAAUGGACCACGGUUGCUGACCACAGUUCAGGGUUUGUUAAAUCACUUUUGUAAUUCCCUGAAGGUUUUACUAAAAUGUUUGUCGUCCCUGUAUCUAAAGUUACUUUGGCCUACCACGCGAUCUUUUCAUCCGACUGACGGAUUCUGGGAGAUUUUCCAAAAAUUCCCCGUCUUUCACCUGCCAAGUUUUUUGGUGACCAAUGCCCGGUAAUCCAGGUGUUGAGGUUGGCACAUACUCCUGGGCAGAGCAUUUUCUAACGAAUCAGAUUCCAAACUGGGGUUGACUAUAUCUUUCAAGACCCACUGUCUUCACCAAAAUCAACAGAAACCGUCCGAAGUGUCUGUCGCGUGUUGUGGUCGGAUGCUUGCCCACAAUGUUUUAUUUUAAAUUCUGAGAGUAAGAACUUCAGUGGCGGAGAGAAGUCUUUCCUGAUCUCGGGUAAGUGUUGCGGCCAAAUCCUCUGAGGCCUGCGUAGGCUGCCUCUCAUCAGAAGACUGCUAGUUGAAGGGGGAGCGGGGUAUCAUGGGAUUUCAUUUGCGGCGUUGGGGUUGGUUCGUGCGUCUACAGGUAGGCCUUAAGCCUUUAAAACUGUCCAAACUGUAGGUCCCAGCAUCGAACUAUACAUUAGUGACUGCCGCUUCUGGACUCUCGAUCCUGAAUAAAACCAUGCUAUUGUUUCUAGUGGCUCCUCCAUAUUACCUGCCUAACAUUCGCACACUCAUUCAGCAUGAAGGUGUUGGGCGCUCCUCUGGAAAGGUCCAAUAAGUCCUUUUCAACGUAACUCUGACAGACAAAAUGAUCAUCCCAAUGCUUCUAGAGUUGAUUUUAAUAGUCUGGCUUUGUUCUUAUCCACUGCCGCACAUCUGUUCCUGUUAGUUUUCUUGUCAUUUCCAAAAAUGUAGGACGUCAAAUCCGUGCCUUUAUGCAGUAUUUUCGAGCAUGUUCUUAUGUAGUUAAUUGCUUUUCAACUGAAUGGUAUAUCGAAUCUCAGGUUAUCCAAACCUAGGUUUGAGCAUAAGUGGUUGACAACGGAUAAUAAGCCGAAAAUUGUCAUCCUAGCCUCCGUUAUUUAUCACUUUGCGACUGCUCUCGAGGGAUCUGGAUGUAAUCCCAAGGCGCACUGUAGGUUCAUGUUCCGUAACAGGAUCUUAAGACCUCUUUCAACGCUAGAAAGCGUAGCUUUUAUCCAUAGGCUUCCGAAUCGUCCUGUCAGAGCGUUGUGGGCUGUGAGAAUGAUAUCAAGACUCAGGAGUUAGCGGGCUCACCAGGACCUGAGCACUGUUCAGUCGAAGGUGAAAUGAAUUCGAUCUCCGAGAGCACGCAUUUGCUCGGCUGCGUUUUCGUAAUUUUUUAAAACUCGUCCCUGGGAAUAAAUGAUAGAGCGAAUCAAACCAAUGGCAUCAAGACCACUUCAUCCUAACAGCUGGUUGAAAUGCCCUCUGCAGCGUGCAGAUUAUUAGCCUGGUUUUUUUUAGUUGUUUCAGGGGAAGGACCGUUUGACAGUAGGCUUUUCAAUAGUCUCACGAGAGUGAACUUACUUCCAAUCCGAGGGCGUUUAUAAGCUGAUGCCUGUGUGUUCGCCCCUGGAGGGUUCAAACAAAAAUACCACCGAUGAUAUGGCAUGUUCUGCUGUACGUUAAGGACGUUUCAGUGACGACCGAGCGCAUCAUCGAUGGACUAGGUGUCGGAAUUACUCACCUGCCCAGAGCUACCAAGUGCAUCAGGGUCAUGAAAAUCAAUGGCUGAUUAAAUCUCAGGGAGCAGUUUAAAGUAGUAUAUCGUAGCUCAUGUUUAAACUGUCACUGUAAUAACACAGGUCGGAAUGAACGCACGCUCGGAGUGUGCAUACGCGUACGUAAGCUGGUUGGGUGAUAAAUUAUCGUAAGUAACCGUUCACACAUUCGAAAAGCGUCAUGAAUUUAACGUCGCAGUCGUCAAGAUAAUCGUCCACGCCGAAAGCAAGACAGGCUGAGGACCCAGUCGAUCGAUAUAUAGAUCUGGCACCGAGACACUGAGUCCUGCUCAGUCAUCUCCAGACCUACGCGACUAAUCACGGACUGGUUAAUGCCUCUUACAAAUGUCGUUCGUUAUUUUCCUGCUUUCGUCUUUGAUGGUGAACUCCUACACGAUUUCAAAGACUCGGAAUAAUAAAUAAAUUGUUUCAGUGCUUGAUCAGACUACUUCCCAAUUUGCAGUUUUUCCAGUUAGCGUCGUUGGUUUGAACUGAGGUCUGAUUCUGCUCAAAAGAACUGGGAAAUUGAUAACGUAUCAUCUAGUCAAAAUGACACGUGUGUUGUUUUACUUAGUAUCCAUUUACCACGACUGAGGAGGUUGCUAACUGAGCAUGCGCAAACUGAAAAUCUGACACAUUCUUUCUCCUCAUCAGAAAAAAAUCAUCAGUAUUUUCGGUGUUUUUUUUGCCUUCCACUCCAAGCAUGAAGGACAGCCGUACCCUGAUAAUAGCAAUGUGUGGUCUCUUCCUUCCUUUUAGACCAUGCUCUCUCUGAAGAUCAAAGGAACAGAGGAAUUUUCCGGCCCUUAUUCGGUGCAAUUUCCCGAGCCCGUUCCCCCCUCAAAGGCGAAAGCAAAACUGAAUAAGAAGAAAAACAUCUUGAACGUGCAUAUUCCUCUUGAAUAA